GCCGCCAAGAUGGAGCUGGGCCCUCCGGACGUGAUGGAGCGCCGUGGAGCCCUGACGCUGCGCUCGCCCUGCGCCGACUAUGGGAGGCCCACCCUGGUGCACCGCUGGUACUACAAGAGAGAAGCAGAACCUAAGGACUAUGACAUACAUGAAAUUCCUUUGGGCUCUAAAAACUUAUGUCGCUCUACCUACUGGCGACUUGGAACCUUAGAUGAGAAAUGGGUAACCACAUAUGAAGAUCAUUUGUCUCAACCCUACAGAAUUAAAGAAUAUAAAGAACUAGACAUUCAGAAGUCUCUGUUGGAUGAAGAUAAUUUUGAAAUAGCUGUUAUUGGCAGGGAGACAGGGUUACCUGAAACAGGUCCUGGAGCCGUAUUGCCCUGUCACUCUCCAGAUCACUUUAAAAUGUUUCUAGAUACAACAUACCAAACAAAUUAUGUUCCACCAUAUGACUAUGAACCAUAUAUUGAGCUUCAGCCAGAUGGCUACUCUGUAGUUCACAGAAAAUGUCAUUCUCAGUUUACUGACACGGCCGAUUACAGAAGACAUGGGAUCAACACAUGGCAAGAUGAGAGUGGGGUGUAUGGCAAUGCAGAUCUAAGGCAAAAAGUAUUUCCUGUAACUAGCCCUAUACGGACAAAUGUGAAUGAAGAUAAUUCUUAAGCACUAGCAAUUCUACAAAAGUAAAGUGUAUCUUUGUAUCUGAUUAUUGUGGAAUCAUACUGCAAAAUAAAUAACAUUGCAACUUUUAGAA